UGCGACACGGAACGUCUCAAAAGCGUGCACCGCACCAAGUGACAACAUGGCGGCCGUGAGCGAAGAUAUUUCUGAUCGUGAAUUGCGGGCAAAAUUAAAAGAAAAUGGUAUCUCAUGCGGGCCUUUAACUGCUACAACCAAAAAUCUGUAUAUACGAAAAUUAAAUAAAAAGUUGUCUGAGCGUGAACAUUCAUCGGGCAGUACUAAAUUGCCAUCCAGAAACUACUCACCGAAACCAUCUCCGCGACGUGCUUCGCCGAGGCGACGAUCUGUUGACCCAACUCCGGCCCCGGGAAGAAAGCUAAUAGGCUUUUCAAGUGAUGAAGAUGAGUCAGAUAAGGCGCCUGUAGGGACGAGGCAAAGACGCUUGCCCGGCGAAUUUAAGACAAGUCCAAGAAAAUCGACUGCCUCGCGGCCCUCGCCUGUGCCAAUACAAAAUGAAGAACGACCUGUUCGAAGACGUCCUUAUAACAGCACUUCAAGCCCAAAGGAAAGACCUACACAUGACGAAGAUAUGACGGACAAUGAUGGAGCACCUGGAGUCAACUCGUACGCUUUACAGUCGAAGCGUGGAAAAUUGCCUUCCUAUGUUGGAUUAAGGAAUCUUUUCUUGAGAAAAAGCAUGGAAGAUAGUAGGCACCAUGCUAAUACACCUACACCACCAGCAAAAAUUACAUAUGAUUUGGAAGUUGAAGAUGAGACCGACAGACAAAGAGUUCCACCGAUUUGGGUUUUGGUUAUUAUACUCGUGGUUGUAUUUAUUUUGGUUUUUUAUUGGCAGAUUUUGUCUACACAGUUAUGGCACGGGACAAAUAAUGACCAGCUGAAGAUUUGUGGAACUGCUUCUGAUGGGAAUGAGGAUGGAAAAUGCCUGACAGAAGAAAGAAUCAUAGAAAGACUUGUUAGAAAACUCCAAUAUGACCUUGGUACUAUGGAAGGUCUUGUUAAAUGUGGUUAUUCAACUAAGGGUGGUGGGAUGACAAAAGAAGAGCUGAAAGAAUGGGUACAUGAACAAGAGGUUUUACAGGGAAAGGAGAAUUUUAACUCCAACAGAAUAUUUAACAGCAUUACUGAACAAAUAAUUCAAGUUGGUAACCCAAUGUGUUUUUAUAUAAAUGGAACAAUGGUGACAAACGGAACUCAUUUCCAUUCUCUCGUACCAAUGGCUUUAAAACCUCUGACGUGCAGAAUAAAAGAAGCGUUCUCAAGGGUCUUCUAUCAAUUGCUUAUCUUAUGUGGAGCUAUUAUCUGCUGUCUCUGUAUCUACUUCGUCGUGAAGUAUCGUUGGAUGUUACGCGAACGCCGAACUCGACAGAUGUUUGAGCUUGUUGAUAAAAUCUUAGAGGUUUUGAAGAAUCAUCAUAAUGAGUGUCAACGAAAUAAGGAAUUGAGUCCAUACUUGGCCAUCCCUCAUGUUCGAGAUAUGUUGAUCAAGCCAUCUGAAAGAGAGUCCAUGAGAUCCGCCUGGGAUGAUGCAGUGAAGUUUCUUAGUGCACAGGAGUCACGUGUUCGCGUAGAAAGUCAACGUAUCUCUGGAGAAGAUUUUGAAGUUUGGCGUUUGUUACACCACACUACCCCUGGUAGUCCCUCGUCACCAUCGGGUUCGAAUGCGAAACAAGGAAAAGUAUGGACGGGAAGAGCGUUUGAAAACUUCACAACGGCUGUAAAUCCCCCUUUGAUUAGUCCAACACCAUGUUUAAAGAUAAGAAAUAUGUUCGAACCAGUCAUGGAAACUCAGGAUGAAUGGCAUGUAUUUAUUCAAGAUGCUAUACUGGAGAAAUGUACUGAAAAAGAAGCAGCAAUCGUGCAUAUAUCAGUCGAUAAAGCGUCCAAUGAGGGUUGUGUUUAUGUAAAGUGUGCUGACCACCGUUCAUCUGGAGCCGCCUUUCGUGCUAUACAUGGCUGUUGGUUUGAUGGUCGUUUAGUCACUGUAAAAUUCCUUACUUUAAAACGGUACCAUCAACGGUUCCCAGAGUCCGUGAACGUGAAGGAACAUCUAAAACCAAGUGGAAUGUCUAGCAGCACAAUACCGAAAUUCGAAUCAGCUGCGCCAGUUAACGAAUCCGACUCUGAUUCGGACUCCUAAAUUUUGACUUGGUUCGAUAAUCAUCAUGCAGCAGCGAUUGUAAAAUGAACCCGUCAGAAAGAAAGUCAUUUAUGGUUUAAGCACUUUGACACGAAGUUGGUCACAAUAGAGUGGCAAAGAAAGCGUUACGUUGAAAUUUGAGAUGAUAUUUGAGAAUUUAUUCCAGUAUCCUUGGGAAAAGAAUGACCUCCCUGUUGGCUUCUCACUACGGUCGAAUGAUGUUUAUGUUAAUGUUAUAUGCUUCUGAUAAUGCAUGUCAACCGUAGUUUUAGCAAAGAAAAUUGCAUGAAAGGGCAGUAAACAUAACUAUAGCUUAUAUCACAUAAUCGGAACUGUUUAAUUGAAAUUGUUAUGCUGCAUAAUCAUAACAUAUGCAAGUGACUUUCUAAAAAGUCUUUAUAAAUGGAUAUAUAACUUGUAACUUAUCUAAAUACACUUGUAACUACAAAAACUAUUUGACUUAAUUAAGUUGUGACAUCUGCUGCUAUAUUCAUAUAAAAUAUAGCUCUAGUGUACAUAUUUAGAUACAGAUAUUCAGUUAUGAAAAAAUUAGGUUUAUUUUAUGUACUUUAUUUUCGGAAGUUAAACCACUGAUAAAUAACGUAUGCUGU